AUGAAGUCCGUUGUAGCCCUUCUCCCGCUCUUGAUCAGCCUGGUGGCUGCCUUUGCGCCCACUCCUGUUCCACAACGAGCCGUCACGUUCAAGCAAGGACGAACCAUUGCUGGAUUCAAGCCAAGUUAUGCCAAGAAAACCAUUUUGAGAAUGGCAGAAGAAGAAAAAGCGGCAGAGGCCGCAGCAGAAGAUUCGACCGAGGUUGCUCCAGCAGCACCAAAGGCAGGAACAUUUUAUGACGAUGAAUAUGACAGCGCUCCCCAGAAGAGUGGGAUUUCGGAUUCAAUGAAAGCUCGUCUGAUGGCCGAAGCAUCGACUGGUUUGGACUCGGAGAAGAAGCAGACCAAUGUAAUUCUGUACAUCAUUUUGGGGGUUGCCGCGCUGGUCGUCGUUGGUGGUCAAGGAAUCUUUUUCUAA